AUGUCGGUUACGCUUCAUACCACCCAUGGCGACCUCAAGGUCGAGAUAUUCUGUGAAGCGGUCCCAAAGACGGCGGAGAAUUUCCUUGCUCUCUGCGCAUCCGGAGCCUAUAACGACACUCCCUUCCACCGCCUCAUGCCCUCGUUCAUGAUCCAAGGAGGUGACAUCUCCCUAUCUGCAGCCAACAAGGCUUCCUCCUCAUCUCCUCUACCGUUUGAUAUCCCCAAAGGAGGGGCGUCGAUACACUACCCAGCCCCUCUAGAGCAGGAGAUUCACCUCCCCACCCUCCGCCACAAUGCAAGAGGAAUACUCAGCAUGGCUGGAAAACCUGUCAAGAACCAAGGAGGAGCCCCCCAGGACGUAAAUGGGAGCCAAUUCUUCAUUACCUUUGCAGCUGCACCUCACCUGGACGGGAAGAGUACCGUGUUCGGCAAAGUCCUUGAUCCCGGAAGCACAGGGGGGGCGGACGAGCAGGCUGAUACGCUGACCCGUUUAGAGAAAGCACAUGUGAAAAUAGAUAAGAAAGGAAGAGUUGUGCAGCCAAACUUGGUGAAGGAGAAACCUAGCAACGAAGACGGUGAAGCUUGGGAAAAUAUCGGUGUGAAGAGAGUCACCAUUCACGCAAACCCUUUCGCCGGCUGA